ACACGCACACAUUGCACUCUCACUCAAUUAGUUUUAUUAAAAAAAAACACAUUGCACUCAAUCUAGAGAGAGAGAGAGAGAUAAAGAGAGAUGAGUACGACGACAGAGAUGAUGGAGAGAGACGCAAUGGCUACGGUGGCUCCCUUUGCUCCGGUCACUUUUCAUCGCCGUGCUCGUGUUGACAUGGAUGAUAGACUUCCUAAACCUUAUAUGCCAAGAGCACUGCAAGCACCAGACAGAGAACAUCCGUACGGAACCCCGGGACAUAAGAAUUACGGACUUAGUGUUCUUCAGCAACAUGUCGCCUUCUUUGACUUAGAUGAUAAUGGCAUCAUCUACCCUUGGGAGACCUACUCUGGACUGCGAAUGCUUGGUUUUAAUAUCAUUGGGUCGCUUAUCAUAGCCGCUAUAAUCAACCUGGCCCUGAGCUAUGCUACUCUUCCGGGAUGGUUACCUUCGCCGUUCUUCCCUAUAUACAUACACAACAUUCACAAGUCAAAGCAUGGAAGUGACUCAAGAACAUAUGACAAUGAAGGGAGGUUUAUGCCGGUGAAUCUUGAGUUGAUAUUUAGCAAAUAUGCGAAAACCUUGCCAGACAAACUGAGUCUUGGAGAACUAUGGGACAUGACAGAAGGACAACGUGAUGCAUGGGACAUUUUCGGAUGGGUCGCAUGCAAAAUAGAGUGGGGAUUGUUGUACUUGCUAGCGAGGGAUGAAGAAGGGUUUUUGUCAAAAGAAGCGAUUAGGCGGUGUUUUGAUGGCAGCUUGUUUGAGUACUGCGCCAAGAUCUAUGCCGGUAUCAAUGAAGAUAAGACUGCUUACUACUAAAGGUAUCCUACAGUGAAGUAAAUGAUCUUAGCCGCUUUAGGCUGAUAAUAGAUCUAUGCGAAGCUUCUGCCUAAAGUAGCCGUUUUAGAGAAUUUACCAGUACAAUGAGAUAUAUGUUUUCUUUGUUUGUCAAAAUCUGUAAGGUAUAAGUAUAAGUUGCAGCUCUAUAGAAAAGCUUCUAUGUGGAGUAGUAUAUGUUUUGUUCGUUUCUGUUUGUACCAGCCUUUUUCAGUUAUUUUCAUUUCAAAAUGCAA